AUGUUUUUAUUUAAAAUUUUAUUUUUUACUAUUGUAUUUGGGCAUAAACUUUUUACGACUAAUGGUGUUAUAUUAAAAUGUUCAGGUUAUUUCAAGACAAGUGGACCAUGUUUAUUAUAUAUUGAUAUUACCAGAGAUAGAUUUUUUGCCGUAGCUGAUUGUGUUUUACCACACCGUUUUCCAGGAAAAUAUGGUUCAAUUUGUAAAAAUAACAAAAGUUAUGGAAAAGAUACAUGCUUAUUAAAUGAAAGUUAUUUGAAAAACAUAAAUCAAACUACAAUAAUGAAAAUAUGUUCAUUAUAUAGGGUUUCGUGUAAAUGUCCAACAUUUUUACGCUUCUAUACAGAUAAAACAGUUUUAAGAAGAAAUAGUUUCAAAUAUAAUGAAGUUAAAAAAAGUUAUAGACAAAGUAGCUUUUUUAAAUAA